CCACGACCUCGCAUCAACCCCCGGCGCGCUCUCGCUCGUCCGUUCUCGUUCGUUCGUUCGUUCGUUCGGCCGCUUCGUUCCGAUGCUGUACGCGAGACAAGGAGAGAGCUUUCACGGCCACAUUUCCCGCAUAUCCUCGCGAGUCUGCGUCCGAAUUUCCGACGCACCACUGUCACCAGUCUCCGGCUAGCCGCGAAGGCGUCACGACCGAAAGAGCAGACUUCUCUCCAGAGAGAAAGAGAGAAAGAGAGAGAGAGAGAAUAGCAGCUUUCGCGUGAAAAUUCUUACCGUCCACAAGAUUCCUCACGUCUGAGUAACCGAUCGUUUCGAUUAAGCCGUCGCGAUCGCGUUUCUCGCGCCGUUCGACAGAAUCAUGCUCUCGUUCGGAUUAACGAUAGUCCACCUGUUCGACUCGAUCGUCCACCUGCUUUUCGGCGAUUAUUCCGGACCGACUUGCACCGGGGUAUCGGGCAGAAAUCCCUAAUGGUGUGCACGAGUGCACUUGCGAGGAUUGCGGAUAGCUCUCGCGAGAAGUUUUGCUAAACGCGAAUUUUCGGACGUGUUUCGCGACGAGAAUUCGUGUCAAGGACUGUGGUAUCGAAGAGUCGAAGGUCUGGGUCGAUGUGAGAAUUGUCCCGUGUGCGAAGCAAGUGACGCCCGAUUGCUUCUUUUUUCCCGCGACACUCCGCGGAGUAUGGCGGAUGGGUGACAGACAACGCGGAUCCAUUGCUGGCUGAAGGUGUUUCUCAGCGUCGGUGGGACCAUGUGAGGUUUCGACCAUGAGGAGUGGCGGCCAGAGCGGUGUGUGGACAGCAAGCGUGAUCAUACUCUCGAUCGGCACCUGGGUGGGCAAAGUCGGGCCACGUCCAGCGGAUGGGGAGCUCGCGCUCCUAACGUCGCCGCGUGAGCGAUUGGAAACCGUUCGACAGGUUCUUUCCGAGGUGCCUUUGAUCGACGGCCACAAUGAUCUACCGUGGAACAUCAGGAACUUCGUCCACAAUCAGCUGGCGGACUUCGACUUCGACAAGGAUCUGCGCCAAGUCGCGCCCUGGAGCAAGAGCGCCUGGAGUCAGACCGACCUGGUCAGGCUGCGGCAGGGCAUGGUCGGCGGUCAGUUUUGGGCCGCUUACGUGCCCUGCGAGUCUCAGCAUCUCAACGCGGUCCAGCUGACUUUGGAGCAGGUGGACCUCAUUAAGAGGCUCAUAGAAAAAUACUCUCAGCACAUGCAGUUCGCUGCGUCGGCGAGGGAGAUCCUGGAGGCCCACGGCAGGGGCAGAAUAGCAUCCCUGAUUGGAGUGGAGGGUGGACAUAGUCUAGGAAGUAGUUUAGCCGUUUUAAGAACGCUCUAUCAACUGGGUGUGCGAUACCUCACGCUGACACACACCUGCAACACACCAUGGGCGAAGAGUUCGUCGGUGGAAGACGACGACGAAGAAGGCGGGGGCCUGACGGCAUUCGGUAAGGCGGUAGUCCAAGAAAUGAAUAGGCUCGGGAUGCUGAUAGACCUCAGCCACACCGCGAGGGCGACCAUGAGGGAUGCUUUAAGGGUCAGUAGAGCGCCGCUCAUUUUUUCACACUCCUCGGCAUUCGCCAUUUGUAAUUCCUCCAGAAAUGUACCCGACGACAUUCUCAAACAACUGGCUGAUAACGGCGGACUGGUGAUGGUCACGUUUUACAAUUACUUCGUGAAAUGCGGGCCCCAAGCCACCGUUUCGGACGUGGCCGAGCACAUAUACUACAUUAGGAACCUAAUUGGCGUGGACCAUAUCGGAGUCGGCGGGGACUUCGACGGCAUUAAUAAAACUCCCCGCGGUCUCGAGGACGUCUCCAAGUAUCCCGAACUAUUCGCCGAACUUCUCCGCAGUGGCAAGUGGAACGUGCUCGACCUGAAGAAAGUCGCCGGCUUGAAUUUACUGCGGGUCCUCACACAGGUAGAGCGUGUGCGGGACGACAUGAGGACAGCGGGAAUUACGCCGUCCGAGGAGUACCUUCCAGAUUCGCCGGAUGCGAUCGGCAACUGCGCCCUGGAUAUUAAUUCUGUUCAAAGGGUCACGGAAGUCUGAUCGAUCGGACUGUACGCACUGCGGCCGGCGACAUGCAAAUUAAUCUUACACCCGCACAGCAUUACGUUCCGCGGGCGCAUCGGGCACGGCUGGGAGACAAACCGGAUACGCCGAGCACCGCCGCCGCCACCGUCGUCGUCGGCGCCGACUGGAGGCGAAAAUUCAAUUAUCUCAAUUACCGCGGCCUGUACGCUCGCGAAAGUUCUCUGGACCUCGUGCGAAAGCUCAAUUAAACGUCGACGUUUGCGAAGGCUCAAAAUAAACCUACCUCGAUAGCCCGUUUCACGAAGGCGACGAGCGAAAUCGUAUCGAUUUGCGUUUCACCUCUCUCUCUUUCUCUCCCACGAGAGCGUUUGCAUUCGAUGUUAUAUUGAGGAGCAGCCGCGGGAUUGUGUCGCCGAUGGAACAAUUAGAAGCUCAUCAACUGAAAUUCAAAUGCGAAUAUUUCUGUGCCGCGUAUCCGCUGAUAGUCGUGCGUAACUAAAAUAGUCGAACAAUAGAGGAUCUCGUCCGGAAGUUGUCCAGAGAUCAUUUCCUCUCAGCGCGACAUACCGAGCUUAUUACAAAGCAGCCACUUGUUUGGAGUCACGUGGCGUGGUUCCGUCAGAUAGAAAUAUGAUCAGUUCAGUAGCAGUUUACGUUCACAAGUCGCGGAAUAGUCCGCUCGUCGCCGCAAAUUAUCCGUAUAAAUAUGCAGACAGACUUUUUCUACUCGAUAAGAGCCCAGCGGAUCAUCGACAGGAGGCCGGUCGUCCGCCUCUCGAGGACCGCCGUCUUCGUUACCUCGCUGUGUAAUCCUUCACGGUCAUGUAAAUAUCUAAAAAUGAUAUAACAGCGAAACGCCAUCCAAUAUCCGCGCGCGAAGGAAGAAAGAGUGUCAUUGCGCCGAUGCACGAGACUGUUUCUGAACUUCGAUGUCUUCCUCUCUUGGAAACGAUCGUAAUAUGUGUGUGAAACUGUGAAACCCGGCUCUGUACCUUACCUUUGAACGUCUUCCUUCCCUUCAUUGCACCAACGAAAACACGUUCUCUAUAAGAAUGAGUGUCUCAAAGUGGAUGUAAAAACGACACGAUCGACGCUCGUGUUUCUACGAGCAGCGUGCACGAAAAUACUCGCCAAAAGACUUAUCACAAAUUCUGGAAUUCUUUUUUCUCUCAUUUUCAGAACGUAUACUUUCGCGAAUGUGCAAUCGAUCGUACACAUGUACGUUUAAAGCGAGACAAAGCACGUCACACGCAUUAAUGUUAUGAUUUCCCCAAUAGUUCUCUGAGAAGUAUAAAGAUGCCAAAAAGAAACCGAUAAAAAUACAAUUAUCUCAGACUAUCGAGGCCGUCGGUGGACAAACGAUCAGUCGGCAGAUUUUCUAACGUUAAACCCAAAUUUGCACAUAUCAAAGCCGCGAAGUAACGAAGAACUACACGUAUUUUGUACAGCAGAAGCCAGUCUAGUUUUGCACGGAUCUCUUUCUCCCUCUUUCUCUCUCUCUCUCUCUCUCCCUCUCUCUCUCUCUCUCUCUCUUUUUCACGAAAAGACGACGCUCGGGGUUCCUCAAACGUUGCUCGCAGUGACACAGGUGUCGACGAGGACUGACACGAUCGGUUACGUGUUUUUCGACGCAUUAUACCGGGUGCGAUCUAUCGCCCGAUAUCGUCUCCUUGAUCAAAGCAUCAUCAUCUAAAGUCUUCGACGGGACAUUUGAGAUUGCCUGGAACGACCGAGACGGUGAGCCACGGACAUGGUGUUUUCGCGUCGAUUUGCUCCUGGUAAUUUUCACAUAUCGCCGUCCACCUAUCUGUGUCUCGUGUGCACUUAUUACGUAAUCCGCGCCGGAUGAAAGCCACGAUCCGAGCGAGAUCCGAGCCGCCUAGGGCACGCUGUGCGAAGCGAGAGAAAUCAAUCAGUCUGCGCGGAUUACGCCUCACUCCGACGAGUCGGGAGUAGGCGGUAAAUUAUAGGAUAUCAAAAAGUUCCGUUGUAUCUCUCGAACGAAUUCUAUAAAUAAAUGUUUCUAUUGUAACUCGCCGCCACACUUCUCAUUCCCUUCCGAUCCAAAUUGUUGUAGACGGACGACUGCGACGCCAUUGACUUGAUUGCUCUGCCGCAACGUCGGCGAUGGUCCCUCUACCCCCCCUACGGUACGUAUCUAUACACUCGUCUCAAGAAAAAACUCUCGGCAAUGUGAGUUCAGCCGAGACUCCUGUUUCUGA